GAGGAACCAGUGGAAGGCUGUACCAGCUCAACGAAAACAAAAUACGAUGCCACGACGGUGCCAGGCGAUUCCGAGACGAUCAUUGCAGUCGAGGGAACGAGAGCCGAGAGAAGCGAGAGAAUGUCGCUGCUGGAAUUCCCUCUAUUUCUAUCGGCGAUUUCGGUCCUCGCCCUCACGGAUCUCGGAGAUUCCUCGCCGCAAGAGAGCAAGAUCGAGUUCGCGGCCGUCCGAAACUGGGACCCCCCACCUAGAGAUGCGGAAACUCUCAUCGUCAAUACCUCUCAGCGGGCACCAACCACCCCCCCCCCCUCCCCCUCCCCAUUCCCGAAAGAGGAACGAACGACUCGAGGACCCGCACAGGUGCAGUUCGGAUGCUACAUAAAGAGCCAGAGCGGAUACCGAAGCUUCAGGUCCGUGUUCCUCAACGUCACCCUGGCGGAGAACGUGAACCAAUGCCUCCUCCUCUGCUCCCUCGUCCAGCGCUACUGCGCCGGCUUCAACUACCGACGCUCCGCCUCCGCCUGCCACCUCCUCGGGGAAUCCCCGCUCGAGGAAGACCUCGGCGAGGACGAGGACUUCACCGCCUAUUGGGUUUACGAAGCGUCGGCGGAGUGCCGCCGAACGGCGCUGGGCAAGGAAUACGAGGGGAUCCGCGCCGAGACGGCGACCCGGAGGCCCUGCGUCCCCUGGAGCCGGGUCCCCUCCCACGACUUCCGGUCCACGGACUUCCCCGACGCCAACGUCGAAGAGGCGAAGAGCUCGUGUCGGAACCCGGACAACCGGCCGCAGGGCCCCUGGUGCUUCGUCGACUUCGGCGGGGACUGGGAAUACUGCAGCAUUCCUUACUGUCUGAGUGAGUCGCCCGUGAUCGAUAGCCGAUCGAUUGUCGAUUCCACGAAGGAACGAAAUGCGAGAGAAAAACGCGGUCUUUUGCUCCGGUUAGACAUCGAAUGCCGGAUGGACACGGCAGGGAUCGAUUAUCGAGGAACGAUGUCGAUCACGAUCUCGGGUCGCCACUGUCAACGCUGGUCCGCUCGCUUCCCUCAUUCCGUCCCCAAUCGGAUCCAGGAUCGGGAUUUCCCCGACGGAUCCAAGGUCGAGGCGGUCAACUUCUGCCGGAACCCGGAUGAAAGCCCCCGAGGUCCAUGGUGUUACACCGAGGAUCCCUACAAAGUUCGAGAGGAAUGCCCCGUCCCCAUGUGCCCCGAAGUGAUGAAGAAUUCGGAUCACCCGAUGUUCGAGCCCGUCUCCGCGGAGCCCGACUACACGAGUUGCAAGAAAGACAGCCGAGGAACCACGUAUUUGGGGAAACUCAAUCACACUGCAUCGGGGAGACCCUGCCAAAACUGGACGGCGGACGUCCCUCACUUCCGGAACAUGGAGAUCAUGGAGGACGACAACUUCCCGGACGGAUCGACGGAGAAGGCGAGGAACUUCUGCCGGAACCCGGACGGAUACGACCUGGGGCCCUGGUGCUACACGGGGGACCCGUUGACGCGGUGGGAGGUCUGCGCCGUCCCGUGGUGCAAAGGUAGGACCCGGCUGGGACUCGGGCUCGUUCCGUGCUGGGGGCGGCUGACUCUGGGGGAAUGCCCCGGCUUCGAAUCGUGGGUCUAUCGUGGAUUCAAGCAAGACGAUCACUAUCGCCCGGUGGCGAAGAUCACGUGCGGGGAGAACACGACGUCAGACAGCGGGUACAUCAUGCCCCCCGAGGAGACGUACCUGAACAACAUGCACUGCGUCUGGUGCCUGCGACUGCCCAACGCCACCGAGUUUCGUCAGCACGGCGUCGCGCUUCAAUUCUACAAGUUCCACCUCGAGGACAGCAAGGACUGCCAAUACGACUACCUCGAGGCACGUGAAUCCUCGACGAUUUCGAUCGCGUCUAGGUUUCCUCGACGAUUCGUCUACGACGGAUGCGACAGCGAAGCGGCGAAACUGGGGCGGUACUGCGGGAAGAACGGACCCAAGGCGCUGUUCAGCACGGGGCCGGAAAUCAUGAUCGUCUUCAGUUCCGAUCCGAUCGGAGUGGCUGAGGGAUUCGGGGCCAUGUACCUCGCAUAUAACCGGGAAGACAAGCUGCCUUACGUCGAGAAGGAGCGCGGACCGCUCAUCGGCUGGGGUGGCUACAACCUGGCGUACCUGGCUGAGGCGGGCGACGGGAACGACACCGUCACGGCGGAGGACAAGGAAGCGGAUUCCAUCGCGAAGCUUCGGGUCGUGGAGAAGGGAGAGCAGGCGAGGAAGGUCAAGGGGCAGAGGGGGAGGACGGGGGAGGGCGGUCAGAGCGAGGGCGGGCCGGGGGAGGCUUUCUACGACUACUGGCCUGGUGAUGCUUCGAAAGGGAAGCAGCGGCCCUUCGCGGCUUAG